UGGACCCGCCUCAAGAGAAAUGGCAGGCGGUCAGACACACUCAGACCACCCCUACCGACACAUACGGCACCAUCGAAUUUCAGGGAGGAGGAUUUGUGAACAAGGCCAUGUAUAUAAGGGUAUCAUAUGAUACCAAGCCGGACAACAUGCUGCAUCUAAUGGUGAAGGAAUGGCAGCUGGAGCUGCCCACUCUUCUUAUAUCAGUCCACGGAGGCCUCCAGAACUUUGACCUCCAGCCCAAACUCAAGCAGGUCUUUGGAAAAGGUCUGAUCAAAGCUGCUGUGACCACCGGAGCGUGGAUCUUCACUGGUGGAGUAAACACUGGAGUGAUCCGUCACGUCGGAGACGCUUUGAAGGACCACUCUUCCAAAUCCAGAGGGAAGGUGUGUGCUAUAGGCAUCGCUCCAUGGGGGAUCCUGGAAAGCAAAGAGGAUCUAAUUGGAAAAGACGUGACCAAACCGUACCAGGCGAUUUCGAACCCUCUAAGCAAACUCGCCGUUCUCAACAACAGCCACUCCCACUUUAUACUCUCCGACAACGGCACGUGUGGGAAAUACGGGCCGGAGGUCAAACUUCGCAGGCAGUUGGAGAAACACAUCUCCCUGCAGAAGAUUAACACUCGGUUAGGUCAGGGCGUCCCGUUGGUUUGUCUGAUUGUGGAGGGGGGUCCAAACGUCAUCUCCAUCGUGCUGGAGAGUCUGCGCGAGGAACCGCCCGUGCCUGUGGUAGUGUGCGACGGCAGCGGCCGAGCCUCUGACAUCAUUUCCUUUGCACAUAAAUACUCAGAAGCUGAAGGACUGGUUAAUGAUAAUGCAAAAGAACAACUGCUGGUUACCAUCCAGAAGACCUUUAACUACAACAAGUCCCAGACUGCACAGAUUCUGCUCAUGGUCCUGGAAUGCAUGAAGAAAAGGGAGCUGAUAACGGUUUUCCGAAUGGGUGCUGAAGGACAGGAUGAUAUUGAGAUGGCUAUCCUCACUGCAUUACUGAAAGGAACAAACGCGUCAGCUCCAGAUCAGCUGAGUUUGGCUUUGGCCUGGAACAGAGUGGACAUCGCACGCAAUCAGAUCUUUGUUUACGGACACAACCUACCACCUGCGAGUGCGCUCGCCGGUGCCAUGGCUAGCAGCAUAGCAGCAAGCCGAGACAGGCCAAAAAGAGUAACUCAACGAAACAAAGGAAAGGCCAGAGGAAAAAAAGGCAAAGGAGUAAAAGCCAAAGCAGAACAACCAGAGGAAACAGACCCCAGGAAACUAGAACUACUCAACUGGGUGAACUCUCUCGAGCAGGCCAUGAUGGACGCUUUGGUCCUAGACAGAGUGGACUUUGUCAAGCUCCUGAUAGAAAACGGCGUAAACAUUCACCAUUUUCUAACCAUCCCUCGAUUAGAGGAGUUAUACAACACUAAACUUGGACCUGCGAAUACUCUGCAUAUUGUAUUAAGAGAUGUUAAAAAGGUCAUAUUUGUCCUUGUGAUUUUUAAGGGGAACUUCCCACCAGAUUACCAAACCACACUCAUUGACAUUGGAUUGGUGAUGGAGUACUUGAUGGGCGGGGCUUAUCGUUCCAACUACACUAGGAAAAGCUUUCGAAAUCUCUACAACAAUCUCUACGGACUAAAGAGGCCAAAAGCCCUCAAGCUUCUUGGGAUGGAGGAUGAUGAGCCCAGGUCAAAGGGCAAGAGGAAGCAGAAAAAGAAGAAAGAAGAAGAAGAGGACAUUGAUGUAGAUGAUCCUGAGGUCAGCCGCUUCCAUUACCCUUUUCAUGAGCUGAUGAUGUGGGCAGUGCUGAUGAAGAGGCAGAAGAUGGCGCUGUUCUUAUGGCAGAGGGGGGAAGAGGCAAUGGCUAAAGCCCUGGUAGCAUGUAAGCUUUACAAAACCAUGGCUCAUGAGUCUUCUCAGAGCGAAAUGGUGGACGACAUCUCCCAGGAUCUGGAUAACAACUCCAAGGAGUUUGGAACAUUGGCCUAUGAGUUGCUGGAUCAGUCCUACAAACACGACGAGCAGCUGGCCAUGAAGCUGUUGACAUAUGAACUGAAAAACUGGAGCAAUUCCACAUGUCUGAAGCUGGCAGUGGCUGCCAAACACAGAGACUUCAUAGCCCACACCUGCAGUCAAAUGCUUCUCACCGACAUGUGGAUGGGAAGCCUGAGGAUGGGCAAAAACCCGGGACUGAAGGUGAUACUGAAUCUCAUCUUCCCUCCGUUUAUCCUGCUGUUGGAUUUCCGUCUGGGUGAUGACAUGUCUUUUCAAGUCUCUGCAGAUGAGGACAGAAAGUCCAAAGAUGACGAGAAGUCUGGACGGGAUGCAAAUGCAGAUGCAGUUUCAAAGAAAGGAGACGAAGAAGAGGGCAAUGAGAAAAUGAGGAGGAUUCCUAUUGGCAGGAAAAUCUAUGAGUUUUAUAACGCUCCUUUCACCAAAUUUUGGUUCAAUACUAUUUCCUACCUUGGCUAUCUCAUGCUGUACAAUUAUGUAGUGCUGGUGAAGAUGGAGAGCUGGCCGUGCAUACAAGAAUGGAUCGUCAUAUCAUACAUCAUCACCCUGGGCCUUGAGAAAGUCAGACAGAUCUUGAUGUCCGAACCAGGGAAGCUGAAACAAAAGAUAAAUGUUUGGUGUGAGGAGUACUGGAACAUCACAGACAUGGUAGCCAUCUCCACUUUCUUGCUCGGGCUACUGCUUAGACUCCAGAAGGAACCUUACAUGGGUUAUGGCCGUGUGAUUUACUGCGUGGACAUCAUCUUCUGGUACAUCCGGGUUCUGGAUAUAUUUGGGGUCAACAAGUACCUGGGACCCUACGUCAUGAUGAUAGGAAAAAUGAUGAUCGACAUGCUUUACUUUGUGGUGAUAAUGCUGGUGGUACUGAUGAGUUUUGGAGUGGCACGGCAGGCAAUCCUCCACCCGGAUGAGGAGCCCACCUGGCGCUUGGCCCGCAACAUCUUCUACAUGCCGUACUGGAUGAUCUAUGGAGAGGUGUUUGCAGAUUCGAUAGACCUUUACGCAAUGGAAAUAAACCCCCCCUGUGGUGAAAACUUGUAUGAUGAAGAUGGGAAAAAACUUCCGCCCUGCAUUCCUGGAGCCUGGCUCACUCCUGCCAUUAUGGCCUGCUAUCUGUUAGUGGCCAACAUCCUUCUUGUCAACUUGCUCAUUGCUGUUUUCAACAACACCUUCUUUGAGGUUAAGUCCAUCUCCAACCAGGUGUGGAAGUUUCAGCGGUAUCAGCUGAUCAUGACCUUCCAUGACAGACCCGUGCUGCCUCCACCUCUCAUCAUCUUCAGCCACCUGUACAUCCUGUUACGAAGACUCUGCUGCCGCUGUGGCAAGAAGAAAGAAGGAGAACUAGACGAGAAGGAUAAAGGGCUAAAGCUUAUUCUUACCAAUGAGGAGCUGAAGAUGCUGUAUGAGUUUGAGGAGCAAUGUGUGGAAGAGUAUUUCAGAGAAAAAGAAGAUGAGCAGCUGUCCUCCAAUGAUGAGCGAAUCAGGGUUACAAAUGAAAGAGUGGAGAACAUGUCCAUGCGACUUGAGGAGGUGAAUGAAAGGGAGAACACAAUGAAGGCCUCGCUGCAGACAGUGGACCUUCGUCUGUCCCAACUGGAAGACAUCAAUGGUCGAAUGGUAAAUGCCCUGGAAAGACUGGUGGGAAUCGACCACUCAGAACUGAACCGGACACGCUCAACAGCCUCUUCCAUUUGUGACCCCUCCUCUCUCCAACGUCAUAGUAGCAUCAACAGCACUGACGGGUACAGCCUCUACCGAUACUACAUGGGUGCUGAUGACCGUCCACUUGAAGAGAAAGAGGGAGAUCUGAGUAAAGCAAUAAGCACUACAAACCUGAACACAAAGGAAUACGGGCAGAACCUGGAAGUAGAUCUUCCAGGUAUCAAAAGACGUCUUGGCUCAUGUGUGGACAUCCGUAUAUUCCCCUGUGAGAAGGGGGCUGGAAAUGUCAAUCAGGUUGAAGGGACACAGUCAGACUUGACAAACCCUUUAGUACCUGAGAUUCAGACUGAUUCUUCAAAUUGUACCACUCUGAAAGGAGCUUUGAUGAUGGAGAAAGCUAAACUUGAGUCGACUUUCUCCUUCCCUCUAGAAAAGGUGCAAGCAUACAAAUACUAUCCAGCGGAAACCCAGAGCACAACCCCGUCCUCUGUACGGAGGUGCCGGAGCACGAUUUUGCUCGAUCAAGCAAGUGGAAGAGAUGAGGUUCAAUGGGGCGAAGGAGUGGAUGGGUCUCCAUCUAGCAGACGUUGGAGUGCUGGCUGUGACUACAAGGUGCACUCCAGUCUUUCCAGUCAGACACCAAAGGUAUCAAUGGUUAGGCCCUUGGUGGAUCAAAUUGACACGUUAAGCAACAGCGUCAGGGUAGAGCAACAUUUAGACCUGCCUAGGCAUCAGAGCCUGAGACUGACCUCCAGAUACGGCAAAGAGGAGAUGGGUAUGCAGGAUGGGGAGAGUUCAGCUGGAGUCAUGGGUAACAAAAAUACUCAGUCGAUAAUGAAAGAUGGGAUCAUAUUAAAUGAACGGCAACCCUCUGAAGAGAUGACUAGCGAAGAUCGAUCUCCAGAUGGAGAUCAGGUACAACAGGAAAAUGGGAAUGAAGAACAAAGUGAGAGGACCGAGGAGAACCAAAGCCUGAUAUAUACAGAACAGGAGCUGAAAAAGGAACCAGAAAGUGGUCUUGAAGAAAGUCUUGGAGAGGAGCGAAGUCAAGAGAAGAAUACUGGAGAACAGGUGGAGAGGAAUGAAAAUGGUACUGGUAGUCAUCUGCUUCAGCCUGAAGAUGCAAUGUUUCUUCCUGGAAGAUCCAAGAGCUGGUGCACAAAACCUUGCAAGUCUUUAGGGAACACCUUGAAAAGAUCCCAUGGAUCCAGCAGUGAAAGGGACCUCGCUGGAGCACGUGAAGACUCUGCUGAUCCAGGAAACCUUGCACAAAUGACAACAGAAGAUACAACAUCAAGCGAGCCACAGCAGACAAAGAGCUAAAAAAG